CGGUACGUUCAGAUGUAAGGGGCACUGAGGCGCAUAGCUAAAUGUGUUUGUUGAUUCAAUUAACGGCAGUGCUUUGUUGUGUUCCGCAUUAAAUAAAUCAUCAUCGUCAGCCUAUUAAUGUCCAACCUGUGCCCGCUGGGGCACAGGUCAUCCCUGUGGACAGAAUCUACUACGCGGGCCCAGUACGGAUUGGUGGAUGCAAACGACUACAGUUGCAGCUGAAACCAACGGCCUAAUGUGCCUUCUAAAGCAAAAGGAAUAUUAUCAGCAUUCUUGGCAAAGUUUGCAAUAUUCCUGAAUUAGCUUUAUUAAAUAACUAUAGGCGCACGGUCAAAGUGCAUACCAUGUUACCAUGUGUGUCGGUAUCGGCUUCGAAAUCUUUCGUCCGAUAGAUAGAAGUACAAAAAAAAAAUCUUCUUUUGACAGAGCUGAGAGAAUACUUGAUUUUGCAGAAGGCAAACCAUAGAGAAAAGUAAUACACUGAAAACUCUGUCUGUGGAAAUGAGUCAAACUCGAAGAUUUUGUCCCUGACAAAAUUAACUAUUUCAAAUUUAAAUCUUUGGCUAAACCUACAUUAAAAUCGAAAUUCUUGUGGUUUAUUUAAAAAAUUGCUGGACAUAACUGAAUUAAUAUGAUGGACAACGAAAUAAACAGUGAACCCUACAUUCUAUCGUUUAAUGAAAUCAAGCAGGCAGUAGAACGAAUUGAGGGUGGAAUUAUACACACACCUCUUUGUGAAUCUAAACUUAGCAAGAAUAUGGAUUAUAACGUAUACUUGAAAUGUGAAAAUUUACAAUACACUGGCAGCUGCGCAGAGCGUGGUGUUCGAAAUGCGUUGCUGGCUAGUAGAGCUGAAGACUGCGCUCGGGGCAUAGUGGUACCAUCCACAGGAAAUAUAGGCCUGGCUGCUGCGUAUCACGGCGGCACCUUAGGUGUGCCCGUAACAGUAAUACUGCCGGACCCUACACCACCAGCGCAAGUGCACCGGUGCGCAGAGCACGGCGCAGACGUCGUCCUCUGCGGAGAGAACUAUGGCGACGCCAUCACUUAUGCCAUGAAAUUGCAACGGGAGACCAGACAAACGAUUUUAACCUCGGACAAUCCACUGGUGAUGGCCGGCUUGGGCACGGUGGGCGUGGAGAUUAUCACCCAGCUGCCCGAGGCGGACGCAGUCAUUGUACCGGUGGCCACUGGCGGUCUCCUAGCUUCGGUCCUUGUCGCCUGCAAGAAGCUAAAAUGCUCUUGUUUGGUUUAUGGAGCCGAGUGCGCGAAAGUGCCAAAAAUGAUGAAGGCGCUGCAGGCAGGGCGGCCAGUGACGGUGCCAAUAGUACCAAACCUGGCGGAAGGCCUCAAUGCUCCCUCAGUUGGUGCUAACGCGUUCGCCACUCUCAAAGGGAGACUUGAUAGAAUGUUAGUUGUGGAAGAGUCGUAUGUGGCGCGCGCCGUGAUCAACAUCUUGGAGCAGGAGCGGCUGGUGGCCGACGGCGCGGGCGUGUGCGCCAUCGCUGCCGUCAUGCAGGGGCUUGUGCCCGAGCUGCGCGGCAAACGAGCGGUGUGCGUGAUAAGCGGCGGCAACAUCGACGGCGGUCGUUUGUCGCGCACGAUACAGCGAGGCCUAGGCGCGGCUGGCCGUCUGCUGCGCUUCUCCGUGACCGUGGCCGACCGGCGCGGCGGGCUCGAGCAGCUCGCCAAACUGAUCACUGAUGAAAACUCCGUGCUCAAGAGCCUCGUCACCGAGCAGAUGUGGGUGCACAACGACAUCGGGAGCACGUUGGCUAACAUCGUUGUGGAGAUGGCCAAUGAGGACCAUGCAGUUAGUUUUAAAGACAAAUUGAGGGCUCUGUUUCCAUCAGCAAGAUUCACUGUAUUUGAAUUGGAUGACAAGCAUAAAAUGAAUGUGCGGUAAUAAAGAACUAAAUUCCUGUGUAGCGUAAAUAAAAAACUUUACUUUUUAGAUUUUUUUUAUUUUUUAAAACUUAUCCAUAACCUAUGCAACAGGAUCGUCACCUUUGGUCGCUCUCGUGUAGAUGACCUGACCGUGCUCGGACCUUCAAUCUUUCAGAGACAACCGCAGGGGUAAUCAGCUUGUAUUGUGGUACUUCUUUGUACAGCUUUUCAUAGGUUGCCUUGUCAAACAACACUUGGUUGUUCAACUUGUCACGCACUUUUCCUUUGGACCACUUCUAC